AUGAGAGAUCCCACUAUCGAAAAUAUUGUGCUUCGAGAAGAAGCGAUUAUGGAAGAACUGAAAAGCUUGAAGGAAUGUAAAUCUCCCGGUCUGGACGAGAUCCCAGCAAAGCUGCUCUUUGAGCUUGCCCAACAGCUGGCCAAGCCACUAUCCUUUCUGUGCCAGAAAUCGUUUGAUGCUGGAAUUCUUCCCACAGACUGGAAGACGGCCAACAUUACACCCCUUUACAAAAGCGGUAGUCGUGCUCUGGCGACAAACUACAGACCCGUCAGUCUGACAUCAAUCUGCUGCAAAGUGAUGGAGAAAACCAUCAAAAAGGAGUUGAUGGCUUACUUGGAAACCUACAACCUCUUGUCCAAUGCACAAUAUGGUUUCCGUAGGGGAAGAUCAUGUGGUACGAACUUGCUAUGCACAAUGCAAAGUUGGACACGAGCACUGGACGCAAAACACACCGUGCAUGUUGCCUAUAUUGAUUUCCGGAAGGCGUUUGACAGUGUUCCGCACCAGCGUCUCCUACACAAGUUGAGAAUUAUGGGCAUCGGCGGCAAACUUCUCAAAUGGAUCGAAAAUUUCCUUGUCGGCCGCUCCCAAAUUGUCUGCGUAGUACAACAGCAAUCAAGGUGCACAUUCAUAGAGAGUGGAGUCCCACAAGGCUCGGUGCUCGGACCAACCCUCUUUCUCUUGUUCAUCAAUGAUUGUGUAGAUGGGUUGGACUGUGAUUGCGCCAUGUUUGCAGACGACAUAAAAAUCUGGAAAGUCAUCCAGAAUGCUGCCGAUGAGACCAACUUCCAAGAAAACCUUUGUCGAUUGGACGAGUGGUCCCGCAGAUGGCUCUUGUCCUUCAAUUUCAACAAAUGCACCAUUCUGCGCCUCGGAAAUCAGACCCCUAGUACGCAGCAAUACCACCUGAACGAAAUGCCACUCCGAGAAGCAGAAACUCAGAAAGAUCUCGGAGUUUGGGUUGCAGACAGCCUAAAGCCUUUUACACGAUGCUGUAAGGCGGCCAAGGCCGCAACCUCAAUGCUAUAUGCCAUCAAGCGGGCAUUCGUAGUUUUCGAUAAAGACUGCUUCACCAAAGUCUUCGGUACGUUUAUAAGGCCCCAUCUCGAAUAUGCAAUUCAGGCCUGGAGACCGUGGACGCAUCAGGAUUACGAUCUGCUCGAAAGGAUGCAGAGACGAGCAACAAAAUCAAUAAGAGGUCAAAGUGCACUGCCAUACGAGAUCCGCUUAACUAACCUUAAUCUCUAUCCUCUGAAUUAUAGGCAGUUGCGCCGGGACAUGAUACAAACUUUCCGUAUCGUGCGCGGCUUGGAUUGUGCCCUUCGGCGCGAUGACUUUUUCCAACUCGCCACUACAACUCACCUCCGGGGACAUCCCUUCAAGCUACGUGUGCCACAGGGUAGACUGAAUGUGAGAACAUAUUUCUUCUCCAACCGUGUCGUGGAACCGUGGAAUAAUUUGCCCGAGACGGUUGUUAUGUCUCAAUCUGUGGAGGCAUUUAAAUGUCGCCUUGACAGAUAUAUGCUGCAGCAACAAGCGGACUAUGUGACUUUUUAGCCAUGUGACUGGUGACAUAUGUGAAUCAAUGUAUGCAUUCACUUAAUGUUGUAAUUUCUUCACAUUUUUGCUUGUUUAUCGAUUUUGUAUGUACAAAUAGGAGUUCAAAGGCGUAAACCUAUUUCCCUCAAAUACACUGACUGACUGACUGAUUAUACACCUUUCCAAUCCCCUUUUCUGUUCAUUAUAUUUUCUUGUCCACUUGUCGUUUCUUCUUCCUUUAUGUACGGAUGAGUAUCGUGAACUACUAACAAUCGUAUUCAGAUCAACGCAAGCCAGGAUCUCUUCCCGGCAUUUCGCUACGUGGUUGUGUGCUACCCUUGACGUCCUCGGCUGCUACAGAUCGCUCUUGUGAAACAUGUCAUCUGUCCUCUUCAGCCACCGUCUUUGGUAUUAGAAGCGUUCUGGGGUCGACGGUAUCUGGAGACAGAGGCUGCUGACGUCUUUGUUGGAGCCCUGCGAGAGCUGGCACUGGAGGCCUUUCCGAAUGAAUCGUCCAUCCGGCUCGAGGCCGAAAUUCGAAAAAGGUUUACGCUAGGCGUUCGGCACACAGGACUGUACUCGAAUUUUUUCGCCUCCUGCUCUGUGGUCUCUUCGAGAUUUUGUUGGAUUUAUCAUACACCUACAAAGUCCUUCCAGCUUUCGACGGCUAACGGCUCCGUUCUCCACUCGGGAGGACAAGCCUAAUGUGCUGUGAUCAUUGGUCAUUUCGUCACAGAUUACACGUUUAUACGCGCACGUAUGCAAUGGGACGUGAUCCUAGGUAUGGAUUUUCUGAGCCGCUAUCACAUAUCCGCUCCCAGAAUCCGCCUCGAUGAUAUUGAGGUAUUUCGCAGGCAUGUAGUUUCGGGGAUCACUGACGGACCGUGGUGGGCCCCUCUCAUCUCUGAGUCCGAUAUCAGUGAGUCUUCAUGGUAAACGCUUGUUGAGUUUCUAGAAGCGUUUUCUACCCAGUUUGACGUCAACAACAGAUUUUUAGGACAUACUCGUGUUUUUCAGCAUUCACUUGAUAUGGGGAAUUUCCGACCUAUCUGUCAGGCACCUCGACGCAUUCCCGUGUUCUAUCAGAAGGAUCUAGAGAAGGAUCUGGGAAGGAGUCCCGCUUAGUAACCGCAUUCAAUCGGCGAUAAUCGACACAUAGACGAAGGGUGCCAUCCUUAUUCUUUAGGAGGAAGAUAGGCGACGCCCAAAUGGGGGAGGAUUACUAAAUAACGUUCUUAUCCAACAGAUCCUGAAUCAUAUAAUUUAGUAUAUAUGCUGAAUUGUAGGAUUCAGGAGCUGUUGGAUAAGUACGUUAUUCAGUCAUCCUCCCCCCUUUGGGCGUCGCUUAUCUUCCUCCUAAAGAAUAAGGAAGGCCCCCCUCGCCUAUGUGUCGAUUAUCGCCGAUUGAAUGCGGUUACUAAGCGGGACUCCUUCCCAUUGCCUCGCAUCGUUGAUACCAUUGAUGCUGUUUCGGGGACGGUGUGGUUCUCUACUUUAGACCUCACGCCCGAAAUCGAUGGUCGGACUGUCGGCAAGUUGAUGUUCACCCAGCCAACCGGGCGGAAGCGCCACCACUCCUUUAUUGCUAAUCGCUUUUUCACAAGCCGCGCCAAAAGUCGUGGGCCCAUUCAAACAUCGGGUUCGUCCGGUUCCGCAUCAGUGUGGUCCGCCAGGGCGUUCACUGAGGACUGCCCUGAAAACGGAGGAAAGGGGUAAAUAGAGAGCAUCGGAUAACGUUCUGCUCCGUUACACAAGUGUGGUCGUAUGUAGUGAAGAUGACCGGUUUUCCUUCCCUCCCUACCACCGACAUUGCUUCCCCCGGCUGUCACUGUUCGUUCGCCUCUCGUGUCGCCCAUCGUCAGCACAACCUCGGUUCUUACCUGUAGUUGCCGACAACGCUGCAAUCCCCUCUGGUGUCCACCUGAUAAGACGUGACUACCCCCCAAUCCAAAUAGACCAUUUGUACAGCACCGCGCCAUUUCCUUGUGUUCGUUAUUUUCCACCUCUGCUACUCUAUCCGUUCGUUUAUUGUAACGUAGACUUCAUACCCUACAAAUCCCUUUCCUUGCUACAUCUUUAUACGUAUGAUUGAUGGGAUAUUUAACGACUCUGUCCAAUGCUGCAUAAUCGGAAGGCUACCUUAGGUGAUCUAUUAGACCCAGUGUGUGUGUGUGUGAGAGAGAGAGAGAGAAAGAGAGAGAGCCCCCCAAACGUGCCACGUGCUUUAUGCGCUGGACCAACACGGGGACCACAUGGGAUUCUGGCAGGCGUUACUUUGCGCAAUAACAAAUGCCAACGUCUAGAGGGUGCGCAGACAGACCCUGAUGUCGGUAGUCGUCGCACAGCCUGGGACCGCCGCCACCCUCCCCCAUCCCCCCGUUGUUUUGUUGGUCAUAAUCGUGGUCAUUUGUUGUGUAAACCAGGGGGUGUGGUGGAACGCCAAAGUGCGAGCUCGACCGUGCCACCUACCUGCGCCCUCCCUCAUUUCAGGUCUUCUUGACCCCGUCUUGACACUGGGAUCAGGCGGAGGAGGAGAGAGUGUUGUAGAUGCAGCGCAAGUCUGCUGACACUAUAAACACUCGCGCGAGUCACCGUCCCUGCCCCACCCUGCUGUGGAGCAUUCGGUGGACAUCGUCCGAUGCGACAGUCAAAUCGCCGCGUGUGUGUAUGGAGUGUAGGGGUGUCCAGCGGUGGGCUCACGUGAUGGUCGUAGUAGGUCGCCCACUUGCUUACAGGUGCAGACUACGCGUAGCGUUCAUUUGCUGGCACCCAACUCGUACAUGUGGUUCCCCGAAGCAGAGCUUUGCCCAGUGGCCACACCCCGGUGACCGCCUCGUCCAGCAGGCUAGACCAGGUGAAGUUAUCCGUGUGCGUCUGUGCCAGCGCACACGGUAGCGCGCACUCCGCUGGGCGAUUGGUCCGAUGGAACUCCGCAUCGGCACCAUCGUGACGAGGCUCCGUCUGAUACACCGCUGGUCAGCCGGUCGGCUGGAACUUCGCAUCGGCAUCAUCGAGACGAGGCUCCGUCUGAUGUGUCGUAGGAGUCCGCGGGCUUACGGCGAUGUCGUAAGCAUUUGGCAAAUCCCAGUCGUUCUUACAUUAUAACAAAAUUCGUGGCCGAUAGUGGAUUUCGGACGCUCCCGGCACAAUCGGACAGCCCUAUUGAGGAAAACACUGCUCGCCCACAAUGGAAGGGUCUAGAGAAGGGGUCCUAAAGAUUGCCAGGGAACCACGUCGUCUGCAGGCUGACCGUGGUCGCAGACGCUAAAUUAACGGUCAAAACAACAACUACAACAAUAAUACUAUCUGUCUUCCUCGUCUUGCUUCUUCUUCCGCUUCUACUUAGUCCUCUUCUUCUUCUUUUUCGUCUUCCUCUUCUCCCCCUCCUCAUCUCCGCAACCCCACUGUCCAGACUGGUAGGAUGAGCCCCCAUCAAUCUGGCAGCCUGGAAUGUUCCCCCCAUUCAAACAAUCCGAGGAGCAACCAACCGGAACGGAGAACAGCGCUUGUGGCUCGGGAACUCGCGCGCUACAAGAUGGACAUCGCUGCACUCAGCUGGACCCGGCUUUCCGAAGAAGGCCAACUGGAGGACGUGGGUUCCAGCUACACCUUCUUCUGGAGCGUUCGCCACAGGACAGAACAACGGGACGCGGACGUCGCCUUCCCAUCCGGAACGACAUCGUAGGACGACUGCCCUGUCUGCCGCAGGACAUCCUCAAUCGCCUGAUGAGCCCCGCCGGCCUCUCCGGGGAGGCAAAUUCGCCGCCAUCAUCAGUGCCUACGCUCCACCGAUGACCAGCCCUGACGCCGCAAGAGACAAAUUCUACGAGGACCUGCACGCCCUCCUAGCGAAUGUGUCGAAGGCGGAUAAGCUGAUUGUCCCUGGUGACUUCAACGCCUGCAUCGGCACAGACCAUGCUGCCUGGAGAGGAGUGCUGGGUCUCCAUGGUCUCGACGACGUCAAUGACAAUGACCUACUCCUCCUACGAACCUGCGUAGAACACCGGCUGCUCCUGACCAACACCUACUUCCGCCUCCCACUGCGAGAGACGGCCACCUAG